GUCCAGUUACAAGUUCAAUCCGCAGAGAACAAGUAUAAAUCUUUAUUGGAUUGUGUGUCCACAGUGAGGAAACAGAAACUUUCGACAGGGUUUUUUCGUGGACUUUCCUGGCCCAUGCUUUCUGCUGGAGUCAUCAACUCGGUGUACUUUGGAGUGUACGGAUACACAUUGAAGGCGCUUGGUGGAAGCAAGGAAGAAAAUAAUGCACCACACUACCUCAAGAUACUGUUUGCAGGCUGUUUAGGGGGCGUGGUCCAGUUGAUUCCAGCAUGCCCAGCAGAGGUCAUUAAGGUGGUUUUACAGUCACAAAUACCACAUGGCAACGUCCAAGGAGCCAAGUUUUACAAAGGUCCGUUGGAGGGUGCUGCAGACAUCCUGAGACUACAUGGCUUAAGAGGAAUGUACCGAGGUCUGCCCACACAAUGUUUCAGGGACAUUCCUGCCAAUGGGAUCUACUUCCUGGUGUUUGAGUUUCUCACAUUCAACGGAUCUAGCAAACUACCUUUUAUACCAUCUGCU